CUGGGUGUCCCUCACAAUUACCUGUUCUGCCAGAACUGAUGUGAGCGCGUGUUGGAAAGCACAUUUGCAACGUUAGGAGAGGAACAGGAGCUCGCGGAAGGACCGUUUGAAUUGAACCCACCUCUAACCCUCCUCCAGACACUCACAAAACACCAAAAAAACCUCAGAAACAAACUGAGCCGCCUGCAGAGGAUCUGAGAGACUCGCAAGGAUGCACUUGUUGUCCGCCAGCUGCGUGUGCGCCCUCCUCAUCACCGCGCUCCUUCGCCAAGUCAGCGGUUUGGAGACUGUUAUCGGCCUGUAUGGGGAAACACUCGAGAUCCCGUGCAACAAAGGAGCCAUAAACGCAAAAGAAGUAAUGAUGACCAAAUGGAAAUAUGACAAAGGAGAGGGACUUUCAGGAGACCUUCUGGUCAGGCAGCUCAACCAGAAUGUUGCAAUCAUCGCCACUGACGACUACAAGAGCCGCGUGAGCAUGGCUGAAAACUCCAGCCUGCUGCUUACUGAGGCCAAGCUCACUGACCAGCGAACUUUCACCUGCAUGGUGGUGGCUGGUGCAGACAUCCCAGAAUACCCAGUUAAUGUGGUGAUCUACAAGACGCCAACAGACCUGACGAUUACAGACAAAGCGGUGGAACUGGAGAUUGGCAAGCGCACAAAGUUAGGAAAAUGUGUCGCACAAGACGCCAGCCCAGCUGCAAAUAUCACAUGGCUGAAGAACAAUGUGCCUCUGGUUGCUGAUGGGAAAGGGAUUUCCAUCGAAGCCUCUGUGCAGGUAGACCCUGUUACCGGCCUCUCGACCACUUCCUCUGUGCUAGAGUACUCAGCCGAGAAGGAAGACACGGACGCCGAGUUCGCCUGCAGCACUCAGCACACUCUGGGUGCAGAGCUGAUGUCCUCUCCAGUGAUCUUCACCAUCACCUACUCCACAGAGAACAUCGUCCUCCAGGUCAUUGCUCAGGAACCUCUAGAAGAAGGAGACAAUGUGACUCUGAAGUGUGUGGCCGACGGUAACCCAGCUCCGACCAGUUUUAACUUCCACAUUAAGGGAGAGGUGGUCCAAGUGGAAGAUGGAGAUACGUACACCAUCACUAAUGUCUCACGGAAUACCUCUGGUGAAUACAAAUGCUCUCUGAUUGAUGACCCAACACUGGAAGCUUCUGAGAAGCUCACCGUUAAAUACCUAGACAUCAAUUUAAGCCCCUCUGGAAAUAUCGUCAAGAGUGCGGGUGAGACCUUUGAUCUGACUUUAGAGAUUGAAGCUUCCGGAGAAUCUAAGGUCUCGUGGACAAAGGACAAUGUUAAACUGGACAAAGAGCCCAAGUUUACCAAGGUGACUUACUCAGACUCUGGGCGGUACGAGUGCGAGGUGAAGGUGGGCCCCCUUAUCCGAAAAGCGUCAUUUGAGCUGGUUGUUGAAGGUGCUCCAGUUAUCAGACAGCUGUCCAAACAGCGCGGUGAAGACGGCAGACAUAAAGUCUUGAUUUGCGAGGCUGAAGGUUCUCCAAAACCAUCUGUUUCCUGGAGCAUCAAUGGCACCUCGCUCGACGAGAGUCCUUUUGUCAACGGAAAGAUAACACACAGGAUCACAGUCGUGCCUACCGCAAAUCUGACUGUCUCUUGUACGGUGUCCAAUGACUUUGGCGUAGACACUCGAACUAUAAAUGUGUCAUCCUUAUUUAUGGAUGUGAGAAUGGAUAAACAAGACCAAGCAGAUGAUAGUGACCAAACCAAGGUGGUGGUCGGAGUUGUAGUGGGUCUUCUCGUCGCAACUCUGGUUAUCGGCCUGGCAUACUUUCUCUACAUGAAGAAAUCCAAGCAAGGAAGCUGGAAGACUGGUGAAAAGGAGAACGGGUCUUCUGAGGAGGAGAAGAAACUGGAGGAGAAAGUGGAGGAGAACAGCCAAAAAGCUGAGGUGUAAAGAAACUGCAACCAUCCUUUGGGAAUGUGAAAGUGAGAACAUGGAACUUUUGCACAUUUCUCUUCACCUCUGUCUUUGGAAGAAAAAAAAUAAGAAAACGAGUGUAAAUUUGGAAUGAAGACAGUUUUGGUUUUGUCAGGAUUUGGUUUCAGGGAGAAUUUUACUAAAAAGCAUAUCCAAACAACCCCCUCCGAGCCCCUCGAUCCUUCACCCCCCUCCAUUCCUUGAAAAAAAAAAAAGAAUGGCUACUGUAUGUGAUAUACAUAACUUGUCUGCACUACUGAUACAUGUGUAAACUUGUGUACUAUUAGGAUUCAUGUUUGUUAGAAUGGAAUAUGGGAAGCUGAGAAAAUGCAGAUCUUUUUUUUUUUUUUUUUUCUUUGUUGAUGCAAGUAAAAUUACUACUAGACCAGUUGCCUUUGCUGUAAGGAUGUGUAGGCCUGCAUUAGACUUGUUUGACCCCCCUCGGGGAUGUAGCAGGAACCGAGGGACGUCACCGCCAUCGCUUCUUAGUUUCAUUUCAUCACAGUCAAAACCUCUGCCUUCGACAUCAGUGUACGAAAUCAGUUUAUUUGUGCAUUCAUUUCAGUUUGUUCAUUCAGGGGUAAAAUGAUGAGAUGAACGUCCUGAAAGGGCUAUGGGUAUAUUGUUAUACUCGGCAUUAGUUAUAGAUGGUAAUAUGAUUUACAUGUUGCAUUGCAGGAAGUAGAUGAUGUGCCACAGAGUUCUUUGGUGUUACAUGAUUUUGCUUUGUUCUUUGAUUGUCUGUACCUCUUUGCAAAGUCAACAAGGAGAGAAAGUGACAGAAACUCAGUUCAUAUUGCUUGUAUCUUUUUUCAAAUGGACUGUACAUUCAACAUAACCACUGUAUAACACGAGCAGGUAGAUUAUUGAGAGAAUGUAUAGCAUAGCUUAACUCAUUUUACUCUCGUUAGCUUGGCCACACCAAUUGUUAUACUUACAUAAGACCGUUGAUUGUUCUCUUGCUUUCCUCGAGAAAACAUCCUUGAGCCUGGAUUUCUUUUUCUUAAUCUGUCAAGUCUGUAAAUGAGUUUUCAAUUUGUGCCCUCCAUCAGUGUUGAGGUAUGAUUGUUUAUUGUGCAGCUAUGGCAUAAUUUUGUAACCGAGUGCACAGAAAGGACACGACGUCUGUGUCAAAGUAGCCGUUAUGAUAUGUUUACCUUCUUUUGAAAAUCUACCUGUGAUUGCUUCAGUUCGUGACGUGCACCAGAGUUCAUGUUUUCAUGUCAGAUUUGUGUAGAAUACGAUGCCGCAGCUGUACAUGUCACAAUUUUGGUCCUUCAAAAGCAUUUACUAAAUUUGAAAAUGUAUCAAAAACCAGGGUGUAAUUGUGAAGUAUGUGGUUUUCUUUUUCUUUUUGCUAUUUAUAUUGUUCAAGAUAAAAAUAACCA